AUGCCGAUGUCAAGCCCGCAGACCAUGUCAAGUUUGCCAGCCGCACCGAAGUGUGCUGGCCGCGCCAUUGUCAAGGCCGCCGGCCGUGGCUCUCUCCAGCCCGCCGGCCUCACCGAAGACAAGCCUACCGACCGUCCAGAUGUUAAGCUUGCCGGUCGCGCUGAGUCAAGUUCGCCGGCCAUUCUUAUGCCCAUUGAGGGCUCCAGAUCCCCAAUCAAGCCCACGGAGGACUCCAAAACCCCAGUCAAGCCCAGGAAGGGCUCCCGAUCCCCAGUCAAGGCCAGGGAGGGCUACAGAUCUUCAAGUAAGCCCAGGGAGGGCUCCAGUCCCCUGUCAUGGCCCAUGGAGGGCCUCGGAACCCAUUACGCCAGACCGCUCCCUGACAAUUCAGCGACUAGCAGUGUCAUUCAGACUCAGGACUUCACGUCUCCUCUGGGCUUUUCAGAGGAUGCUCGGCCUCAUUGGCACACUCGGACUCCGUGUAAACGUGGGAUUUUGACCAUGAGCUCAGUCGCUGUACUUACGCAAGAAAGCUUUAAUGAGCAUCGCAGUGGCCUUCUGCCGGAGCAGGUCAAAGCUGCUGUGGCAGGCCCUAGUGGUGCUGAAGAUGAGGAUAGCCUUCCCACCUACAAGGAUGCCUUUCCCCCUCUGCCUGAAAAGCCUUUGCCAGAGGGGGUACAGGAGACUGGAAAUGCCUGGACAUCUACGAUCAAACCUCUCAAGUCCUCAGCAAUUACCCAGCUACAGGCUUCAGCUACUGUGGCCAUCCCCAAAGAACAUCAUCGCUUUGUCAUCGGCAAGAGUGGGGAGAAGCUGCAGGAGCUCGAGCUGAAGACUGCCACCAAGAUCCAGAUCCCUAGACCCGAAGACCCCAGUAACCUCAUCAAGAUCUCUGGAACCAAGGAAGGCUUGGAGAAGGCCAAGCACGAGAUCCUGCUCAUCUCUGCUGAGCAGGAUAAGCGUGCUGUGGAGAGAAUGAACAUUGAAAAGGUGUAUCACCCCUUCAUCACUGGAGCUUAUAGCAAGCUGGUGGGGGAGUUGAUGCAGGAGACAGGAGCCCGCAUUAAUGUCCCUCCACCAAGUGUGAACAAAACUGAGAUCGUCAUCACUGGGGAGAAAGAGCAGGUGGCCCUGGCCAUGGUCAAGAUCAAGAAGAUUUAUGAGGAGAAGAAGAAGAAUGCCACCACUAUUGCAGUGGAGGUGAAGAAAUCUCAGCACAAGUAUGUAAUUGGGCCUAAGGGUAACACCCUGCAAGAGAUCCUGGACAGGACCGGCGUCUCGGUCGAGAUCCCACCCCUCGACAGCAGCUCAGAGACAGUAAUCCUGCGUGGGGAGCCAGACCGGCUGGGCCAGGCACUCACUGAAGUGUAUGCCAAGGCCAACAGCUACACUGUGUCCUCAGUCUCUGCUCCCUCUUGGCUUCAUCGUUUCAUUAUUGGCAAGAAAGGACAAAAUCUGGCAAAGAUCACGCAGCAAAUGCCCAAGGUGCACAUUGAGUUCACUGAGGGAGAGGACAAGAUCACGCUGGAGGGUCCCACCAAAGAUGUACAGAUAGUACAGGGUCAGAUUGAAGCCGUUGUUACAGAUCUGGUUAGCCGAAUGGACUACACCGAGAUUAGUGUAGACCCCAAGUUCCACCGACACUUAAUUGGGAAAGGUGGCGCAAACAUUAACCGCAUAAAGGAGCACCACAAAGUGUCAGUCCGCAUUCCACCGGACAACGAGAAGAGUAACCUGAUCCGUAUCGAGGGUGACCCCCAGGGAGUGCAGGAGGCCAAGAAGGAGCUGCUGGAGCUAGCGUCACGCAUGGAGAAUGAGCGUACAAAGGACAUGAUCAUUGAACAGCGUUUUCAUCGAGCCAUCAUCGGACAGAAAGGGGAGAAAGUUAAGGAAAUUCGGGAUAAGUUCCCUGAGGUCAUCAUCAACUUCCCUGACCCAACGCAGAAAAGUGACAUUGUACAACUACGUGGACCUCGCACUGAGGUGGAAAAAUGCACAAAGUUUAUGCAGAAAAUGGUGGCUGAAAUGGUUGAGAACAGCUUUUCUGUCUCCGUCCCCAUUUUCAAGCAAUUCCACAAAAACAUAAUUGGCAAAGGAGGAGCAAAUAUAAAGAAGAUCCGUGAAGAGACUAACACCAAGAUUGAUCUGCCUGCGGAAAACAGCAACUCUGAAAUGAUUGUCAUCACAGGAAAGAAGGCAAACUGUGAGGCAGCAAAAAACAGGAUUCUGGCCAUUCAGAAAGAACUGGCAAAUAUUACAGAGUUAGAGGUGUCCAUCCCCUCAAAACUACACAACUCCCUAAUUGGCUCCAAGGGGCGUUUUGUGCGUUCCAUCAUGGAGGAGUGUGGUGGCGUGCACAUCCAUUUCCCAACAGAGGGCUCUGGCAUUGAUGCAGUGACAAUCAGAGGCACCGUGGAGGAGGUAGAGAAAGCCAAGAAACAGCUGCUGUCCCUGGCAGAAGAAAAGCAAACUAAAAACCACACCGUUGAGCUUCGUGCCAAACCUGAAUACCACAAGUUCCUUAUCGGAAAAGGAGGUGGAAAUAUCCGCAAGGUGCGGGACAGCACAGGUGCCAGGAUCAUCUUCCCUACUGCUGAAGAUAAGGAUCAGGAGCUGAUCACAGUCAUCGGUACAGAGGAAGCUGUAGCAGAAGCACAGAAGGAGCUGGAGGCACUUAUUAAGAGCUUGGAUAACGUUGUAGAGGAUUUCAUGAUCGUCGAUCCCAAGCACCAUCGGUUCUUCGUAGCACGGCGUGGCCAAGUCCUGAGGGAGAUCGCUGAUGAGUAUGGUGGCGUUAUAGUCAGUUUCCCCCGAACUGCCUCACAGAGCGAUAAGGUCACCCUAAAGGGAGCCAAAGAUUGUGUGGAGGCAGCGAAGAAACGCAUGCUGGAGUUGAUUGAGGAUUUGGAUGCACAUGUGACCAUGGAGUGUGUGAUCCCUCAGAAGUUCCACCGCUCCAUAAUGGGGCCUAAGGGCUCUCGCAUACAGCAGAUCACUAAAGACCACAAUGUGCAGAUCAAGUUUCCAGACAGAGAGGACCAGCAAGCUCCAUCAGCUGAUGCUCCAGUUCAGGAGAAUGGAGAGGCCAAUGGAGAGGUGAAGGAGCCUGCUGAUCCUUUAGUCCCAAAGAAGUGUGAUGUCAUUGUGCUGUCUGGCCGCAAAGAGAGAUGUGAAGCUGCUGUUGAAUCACUAAAGGCUUUGGUUCCUGUGACCAUUACGGUGGAAGUGCCUUUUGAGCUGCAUCGCUACAUCAUUGGUCAGAAAGGAAGUGGAAUCCGCAAGAUGAUGGAUGAGUUUGAGGUUAAUAUUCAAGUGCCUGCUCAUGAGUUACAGUCUGACAUUAUCUCCAUUACUGGCCUGGCCUCCCAUCUUGACCGCGCUAAAGAGGGACUUCUUGAGCGUGUCAAAGAGCUACAGUCCGAACAGGAGGAUCGGGCUCUCAGGAGCUUCAAACUGACCAUCACUGUGGAUCCCAAGUAUCACCCCAAGAUCAUUGGACGCAAGGGUGCCAUAAUCACCCAAAUCCGUAAUGAGCAUGAGGUCAACAUUCAGUUUCCAGAGAAAAAUGAUGAGAACCAGGAUCAGAUUACCAUUACUGGCUAUGAGCAGAAUGCUGUGGCGGCACGUGAUGCUAUUCAGGCUAUAGUGGAUGAACUGGAGGAAAUGAUCUCUGAGGACAUCACCCUGGACAGCAGAGUCCAUGCUCGUGUCAUAGGGGCACGUGGCAAGGGAAUCCACAAAAUCAUGGAUGAGUUUAAGGUUGAUGUUCGGUUCCCUCAGAGUGGAGCUGCGAAUCCCAAUUUAGUGACUGUGACUGGCCGUCCAGAACAGGUUGAUGAAGCCAUUGAUCACCUUCUAAACCUGGAGGAGGAAUAUCUGUCUGAUGUAGUUGAAAAUGAAGCCAAAAUGGCCUAUAUGAAGCCUUCUGGUUCCACUGCCUCCAGCAUGGAAGAACCUCGAGGCCCAUCCAAGGGCUUUGUUGUGCGGGAGGCUCCUUGGGCCACUGGCAAUGAAAAGGCCCCGGAUAUGAGCAGUUCUGAGGAAUUCCCCAGUUUUGGUGCACCUGUGACUAAUGCGAGAUCAUCUCCAUGGGGACCCAAACGUUUUUGAAAUGUCUCCUUCAGUGGUUAUGUUGCAACCUCCUGUUUCCCCUUACUAUAAUCCCCCAAUCAAAACAGGUGAUUAACAUUGUUAUUAUGGGUGUGGCCUCUACCAGGUACGCCUGAAUUGGUAUGAAAUGAGUCGACCUGUUUGCAUUUUAAUAGAGAAUCACAAAUUGAAGGAAAACAAAAGUAGUCCUGGCCAUGUUUCAGGUCUGUAACAAUCCAGGUUUAAGUGAUUUUUGAUAUGACUUCAUUACAAAAACAUUAUUUCAUUACAAAGGUUAUUUCUUGGGUUUAUUAAGCUGCUCUGUCUCAUAGUUGCCUUCGCCGUGGUGUUUGGGGAAAAAUAUACUGUAUACCUCUGAAAGAUGUUGCUUCUGGUUGAAGUCAGAUUUAUUCAUAGGAAAUGGGUAACCAGCUGUACUUUUGUCUAGUUCCCUAGGGUAGCCAUUGUGUUGCAGACAUUUCACUUGUCUCUUUCCCCAUUCCCUAACUUUGGGAAAUGAUUCCAUGCAGCCUUUACAGCUUUCCAUCUUAAAGAGGGACUCUUCACUACAGAAGUAUUUUCAAACUGCCAUUUGCUUUGGAAGUCCCAGGGAUGUAAUCUCUCAUGAAGUGGAAGUCCCAAGGUUCCCAAAGUCUAUAAAACGUACACUAAACUGCUUUUACUUUUUCAUUUUGUUUUUGAUAGUCAGAAAUCAUGUUAAUUAAAGAUUAUAAUAUUUGGAAGGAUGGAAAAGACCAUUUUGUGCCAAUGAAAUGUCAAGUAAUGUUAUGUGUUACUCAUUCUUGCUAAUGGGUCCGUGUCCAGCCCCUUUUUGUCUUCCAAUUGCUAUGCAGGUUGGUCUGAAACCAUAGCAAUGGCCCUCUUAAUAGCCUUAUAAGAAUUAUGCAAAAAUGUCAAAGGAAACCAUUAUGGAAAACACUGGAAAAUAAACUGUCCAAAAAGGAAAAUAAAAAUUGAAAA